AUGGACACAGUAUACGACACUGACAGCAUGGCAAUAGGUCAUGGAAUUCCAAGUUCAUUACUUGACAAGUUACGUGAAGUGGCAAGAAAUUUUUUUGCACUUCCAGCGGAAGAAAAGCAUAAGUACUCCCGAGCAGCUAAUGAGGAAGGGUAUGGGCAAGGCGUAGAAGUUUCGAAAAGCAAAUCCUUAACUGGAGCAGUCGCCUAUUUCUUAAGAGAUAUUUUACAUGAAUAUGCUGUGAAGUUGAAGGGUAUGAUGGAUAUACUCUUUAAGGCCAUGGAAAAGUCUCUGAAUUUGGUAGAGGGCAUCUUCUCAAGCCAGUUUGGAGACAACUCACAACUCCAUGCUAGAUUUAACUUCUAUCCACCUUGUUCUAGGCCUGAUAUGGUUCUAGGCCUCAAAGCUCAUUCAGAUAGAUCAGGAACCACAGUUCUCUUGCAAGAUGAUGAAAUAAGAGGCCUCCAAAUUUUCAAAGACGACACAUGGAUUAACAUUCCUGUAAUUCCUCAUGCUCUUUUUGUCAAUCUUGGCGAUCAAAUGCAGAUAAUGAGCAACGGAAUUUUCAAGAGCCCACUGCAUAGGGUGUUGACUAACACAGACAAGCUGAGGAUAUCUGUGGCGAUGAUUAAUGAGCCAGAGCCGGAUAAAGAGAUUGGACCUGUGGACCAAUUGAUAGACGAGAAAAGGCCAAGGUUGUAUAGAAAUGUGAAAAACUUUGCUGCUAUCAACUACGAAUGCUUUCAGAAAGGGAAAGUAGCACUCGAGGAAGCAAGAAUUUAAAUUUUUUUUUCCUGCUUAUCUAUUCUGGUAUUGAAGAAAGUUGAUGGUUGAGAGUAUAGAAUCAUUUGGUAUUCUGCUGCUUACUUUAAAAUAAAGCAUAUAUAUUGGAUCUUAAUCUACAUCUCUAUGAAUGUCAGAAGUGG